AUGGGUGUUAAAGGGGAGCUGUUGAAGACACUGGAGAAGUUAGGAGAUGAAGACUUCAAAGGCUUUAAAUGGCUCCUAAGUUGUACCUCAGAAAUCCCAAAGAGUCAUCUGGACAAAGCAGACAGGCCAGACACUGUAGAUAAGAUAUUAGAGACCUACAACCAACAGUCUGUGGAGGUGGUGAAGAAAACCUUGAAGAAGAUGGACAGGAAGGAUCUAGUGGAGGAAUUAUCAAACAUCAGCAGAGGAUCACACGAUACCAACACACCUGCUUCACAGUGUAACGCCUCAUCCAGAUACCAGGACAUCAUCUCCAAAAGUCUUCAGAUCUCUUCAGGAUCUCCUGCUGUCUACCAGCUGAGACCAAAGGAAGAGAAGUUUGGGACUCUGACAAGAAAAACUGUUGGAGAGAAAAACCUGAACAAGACAAACAGAACCAUCUUACUUGUAGGUGAAACAGGAACAGGAAAAUCUACUCUGAUCAACGCUCUGGUCAACUACACCAUGGGAGUGAAGUUUGAGGACAACAUCUGGUUUAAGAUCAUAGAAGAAGAAGAGAAGAGAAGUCAGUCAGAGAGUCAGACACCAGAUGUGAUCGUGUACGAGAUCUUUGGUUAUGAAGAUGAAACUCUGCCCUACUCUCUGACCAUCAUCGAUACUCCUGGAUUCGGAGACACCAGAGGGAUCGAACAUGAUGACAUCAUCAGUCAAAGAUUAUUGGACUUGUUCCGCUCAGACGAUGGAGUUCAUGAACUUUCUGCAGUGGGUCUGGUGCUGAAGGCGAGUGAAAAUCGAGUGAAUGAUCGAAUGAAGUACGUCUUUGAUUCAGUGACGUCUCUGUUUGGGAAAGGCAUUGAGAAGAACAUCGUACCUCUCAUCACACACACAGAUGGGUUACCACCUGAAAAUGUUCUGAUAGCUCUUGAAGCUGCAAACAUUAAAUGUGCCAAAGAUGAAAAGAAUCAAACUGUUUACUUCUUGUUUAAUAACUGCCAAAACAAAGAGAGAACGGACGAAACAGAGUUUACUUUAGAGAAUACAUGGAGGACAACAGAAGCAGCAAUGGAAAAAUUCAAAGACUUCCUGAAAGAGUCUAAACCUCAGAAGCUGAAUAAAACAGUUGAAGUUUUGAACACAAGGAUCAGACUGACAGCCUGCAUCCAAAACCUGCAAGAAAGAAUCCAGCUGAUUGAACUAAAACAGAGAGUGAUCCAUAAGACUGAACAAGCUCUGAAGAAAUAUGAAGAAGAGAUGAAGAAGAAUGAAGAGUUCACUGUAGAAGUUGAAGAGCCCUACAAAGACAUACAAUGUAUCAGUGUUUGUACAGGGAAGUGUCCUGCAUCUGCUCAUGUGAAAAACGAGUGGAUUUAUGUGGACAAGACCAGGAAAGUCCAGAAGACCCUACAAGAUAUGAAAAAAACGUUUGAAGAGAAUAAGUCAGAAAGUGAGAAGAAGAAGAGCCUGAUGGAACAUCUGCAAACAGAGAUGGAAAAACUGAAAGCAGAGAAGAUAAAGUGGCUGGAUGAGGCCUACCAACAUGUUGUUAAUCUGGAGCAGAUCGCCCUGAAUGAUAAUUCACUUUGA